AUGGGUGGGAGCAAGGGCAAAGCGCCCCAGCGCCAGGAGGGCCCCGGGAGGCCGGCCUCGGGGGAGCAGGAGUCGGGGUCGGCCAGCGCAGACGGGGUGCCCAGCCAGGAACGCCGACAGGGUCGUGGUAAGGCCCGUGGGGCCAGACCGGUCUUGGAACCCGCCACUGCAGGAAGCCACAGGACCCAGGCUGGCCGCCGUAAGCCCACCGCAGAGGGGAACAGCGGCUGCAGACCGUCGGGGGCUGGGCCGCCGGCAGACGCCGGGGGGAGACCAGGCAGCGCGCAGCGGCGGGGACGCGGAUCUAAGGAGGGGCGCGGGCCCAGGGACCACCGUGGCGGGCGCCUGGAGGAAGCCAGCCUCUCCCGAGAAGGGACAACCAGUGAGGUCUGCCGCCGCCAGAGGAGAAGGAAAGGGCGGGGACCCUCGGCUCGGCAGGGCUGCCGAGAGACCCGGAGCCUCCGUGGGGACACGUCGGGUGGAGACGGGGGCAGCUCUUGCCCGGACAGCGAAGCCCGAGAGGCCCAGGAGAGCGACAGCCAGAGCACGGGGGCCCCGGAGCCGCGACCCAAGACGGAGCAAACGGACACGGUCCCGGGAGACACCCAAACCGGGUCGGAGCCAGAGCUGGAACCCGGCGAACGCCCCAGCAGUGACGGCGGGGGCAGCGCUGAACCCCGGAGCCCGGAAGGGUCGUCGGGGGUGGGACCCCAGGGAGAGAGCCAGGAUUCCGGGACAGACACGGAAUGGAGUCUGAAGGGGGCCGGGCCUCGAGGGGGUCCACGGACAGCCCCGGGAACGGCGAGCCAGCGCGUCCCCCAGAGCUCACGGGCUCCUCGGGACCCCAGGCUGGCCCAGGACACAACAGACAACGAGCCGCGGCAGGAGGCUGAGCCGCAGGGCGCCGCUCGAAGAGCCUCGGCCUCCGGGACUCGGCGACGCCAGGUCGGAAAGGUGGUGGGGAAGGUGCAAGGGGCGGCGGGCGAGAGCGAAUCUGGAGCUGAAGGGGGAGACGCGCCCCGGACCCCAGCGCCGCUGGCCGCCCUCGUAGCGCUCCGCAGGCUGCGCGCGAAAGCCCCUCCGGAUCCCGCCCCCCAGGCCGAGGCUCCCGCUCCCCGCCGCGCGGGCCUUAAGGAGCGGCUGCUGCGCGUGGCGCGCGCCCUGGGUCUCCUGCGGUGGCUGUGGCUGCGGCUGCGGCGGCCGGAGGGCGAGGACUGGGGGGCGGGGUCGCGGGCGGCCGGGGGGCGGGGCCGCAGGCCGGGACCCAGGCGCCGCCUAGUGCUGCGCCUGGCCGGCGUGGCGGGACUCGGGGGACGGCCCAGGCCUCCCCCUGGCGGCGGCUCGAGCUCCCCACAGUUUUCGAAGAGCCCAGCUCUUGAGGACCCCUCUGAGGACGAGGACCGGACUCCGGACCCCAAGUUCGCCGUCGUGUUCCCCAGGAUGCACAGGCCCGUGAAGGAGUCGAGCAGUCGGAGCUCAGAGGAAGCGUCCGCCGACGCCCCAGCCGGGGAGGCGCGCGUUUGGCCUCGUACAGAGGCUUGGGGGGACAGUGAGGGGCGCGGGGCGAGUGGAGAAGGUGCGGCCGGGCCCCGCCGGGGCUCUCCCCUCGGCCCUGCUCCCCACGACGAGCCCCCACUCGACGAGAGCGGCUCCAGCAGUGAAGCGGAGCCGGAAACCUUGGAGGCGGAGGCUCCGGUCCACUGGACUCAGAGCUCAGAACCCCGCGAGGACCCCGGGCCUGACACCGACGACGCACUGCUGCCUCGACUCACCUUGGAGACCCACCGGCGGUGGGAGAGAAGCCCGGGCCCCUGCGGGCCUCCGAGGGGGCGAUGGGUGCCAGAGGAUGAGGCUGAGGAGGCGCUGGAGAGGGACCUGGAGCUGAGCCUGGGGCUCGGCCUGGACGCACCGCCCUCACUGGGUGCGGAAGACAGGGGUCUUGGGGAAGGCCUGGAAGACACGGAGGACCUGGCUCGGCUGCGACCAGUGUGUAACAGCUCUGUGCUGCUGUGCCUGAAGAAGAGGUUUCACCUGGGCCGAAUCUACACCUUUGGGGGGCCCUUUCUGCUCUCUCUGAACCCCCGCCGGCCCCUGCCUCUCUUCUCAGCUGAGGUUCUGGCCAGCUACCACCCCAAGAAGGCCCCUAACACCACCCCACACAUCUUCGCCACCGUGGCGGCAGCCUACAGCCUGUCUCAGAGCACCGGGCAGGGCACAUGCAUUCUCCUCUGUGCUCCUUCCCACAGUGGGCACAGUGGCUCAGGGAAGACAGAAGCUGCCAAAAAGAUGGUGCAGUUCCUGAGCCACCUGGAGCAGGAGCAGACGGGGGACAGAAGAUGUCAGCUGGACGGUGCGCUGCUCGUGCUCGGCAGCUUCGGCCACGCCGGGACGGUCCUCAAUGCAAACGCCAGUCGCUUCGGCCAGGUCUUAUGCCUCUGCCUGCAGCAUGGGGUCAUCGUGGGAGCUUCUGUAUCACAUUAUCUGCUGGAGGCCUCGAGGGUGGUGUUUCAGGGCCAGGCCUGCAGGCUCCAGGGCAAAGAUGAUGCCCAGGACUUCCAAGGACUUCUGAAGGCCUUGCAGGUGCUGGUCAUGUGCCCCGAGGAGCUGAGCGCAGCCUGGGCCGUGCUGGGUGCCAUCCUGCAGCUGGGCAACAUCUGCUUCUCCUCCUCAGAGCGGGAGUCCCAGGAGGUGGCUGCUGUGUCCAGUUGGGCCGAGAUCCAUACGGCAGCCCGGCUGCUGCUGGUGCCACCUGAGUGCCUGGAGGGGGCUGUCACCAGGAGGGUCACGGAGACCCCCUAUGGCCGAGUCUGCAGAUCCCUGCCGGUGGAGAGCGCCACUGAUGCCAGGGACGCCUUGGCCAAGGCCCUGUAUUCUCGGCUUUUCACCUGGCUCCUGGGGAAGAUCAACGCGCAGCUGGCGCCACCCGGGGAGGGAGAGAGCACACACACCGUCACCAUCGUGGACGUCUAUGGCUUUGAGGCCCUGCGGGUGAAUGGCCUGGAACAACUGUGCAAUAACCUUGCCAGCGAGCGUCUGCAGCUCUUCGCCAGCCAGAUGCUGCUGGCCCAGGAGGAGGAGGCAUGUCAGCGAGAAUCACUGCCCUGGGUGCCCGUCCCCCAGCCUGUGAGGGAGACCUGCCUGGACCUCCUCACAUCCCAGCCCCACGGCCUCCUGAGUAUACUGGAUGCCCAGACAUGGCUGGCCCAGGCCACAGACCACACCUUCCUCCAGAAGUGCCACUAUCACCAUGGCAACCACCCCUGCUAUGCCAAGCCCCAGCUGCCCCUUCCUGUCUUCACCGUGAGACAUUACGCCGGGACCGUCACCUACCAGGUUCACAAGUUUGUGGACAGAAACCGGGAGGAUCUUGACCCCGCCGUGGUGGAAAUGCUUGGCCAGAGCCAGCUCCAGCUUGUGGGCAGCCUGUUCCAGGAAGCAGAGUCCCGGUGCAGUGAGCGAGGCAAACCCACGCUGGCAUCGCGCUUCCAGCAUUCCCUGGGGGACCUCCUAGCCCAGCUGGGCAGGAGCCAUGUCUAUUUCAUCCAGUGCCUCAACCCCAACCCGGGAAAGCUUCCGGGUAUCUUUGACGGAGAACACGUGGCAGAGCAGCUGCUCCAGGCAGGCAUCCUGGAGGCGGUGUGUACCCGCAGGGCCAACUUUCCUGUGCGCGUGCCCUUCCAGGCCUUCCUGGCCAGGUUCCAGGCCCUGGGGACAGAGGGGCAGGGAGAGCCCUCUGACCGGGAGAGGUGUGGCACCAUCCUGAGCCAGGUGCUGGGGGCUGAGUCGCCCCUCUGUCACCUCGGAGCCACCCAGGUCCUGCUGCGGGAGUUGGGCUGGCGGCAGCUGGAGCAGCAUUGGGCCCAGCGACGCUCCCAGGCCCUGCUCGCCCUGCACCGCAGCCUGCGCGCCUGCAUCUCCCGCCAACGCCUCGGCCGCCUCCUCCUGCCUCGGAUGCAGGCGCGUGUGCGAGGGCUCCAGGCAAGGAAGCUGUACCUCCGGCGGCGGGCGGCUCUGGGACAGCUGAACACCAUCUUGCUGGUGACCCGUCCCCUGCUCUGGAGGCGGCAGAGACGGCAGCUCGGGCAUUGGCGUGGCUGGCACAGCUGGAGGACCUUCGAGAAGGUGCCAAGCAUGGAGCUGGGGCGCUUGGAGAUCCCGGCUGAGUUGGCCGUCAUGCUAAAGACGGCAGAAGUCCGUCAUCAUGUCUUGGCUGAUACCAUCACGGAGUCAAUGCCCCCAGAAGUGCUGGUCCGGCCUAAGCUGACCCUCCCCGCUGACAUUGACCAGUUUCCGUUCUCCAGCUUCAUCUCCGUUAGCUUUCAGGAGCCAUCCCUGCCCCAUCCUGGGCAGCCGCUGGCCAAGCCCCUGACCCGGCUGGACGGGGAGAACCCUCAGCAUGCCCUGGAUAUCAACAAGGUGCUGCUGCGGCUCCUGGGGGACGGGUCCCUGCCCUCCUGGCAGGAGCAGACCAUGGGCGAAUACCUGGUGCGACAGGGGCAGCGCCGGCCAGGGCUGCGGGACGAGAUCUUCAGCCAGCUGGUGGCCCAGAUCUGGCACAACUCAGACGAGCAGCAGAGCCAGCGCAGCUGGGCGCUCAUGGCCAUCCUGCUCAGCGCCUUUCCCCCAAUGCCCGCUCUGCAGAAGCCGCUGCUCAAGUUUGUGUCCGACCAGGCCCCCACAGGCAUGGCAGCGCUGUGUCAGCACAAGCUCCUGGGGGCCCUGGAGCAGACGCGGCUGGCCCCCGGGAUGGCACGUGCCCACCCGCCCACCCAGCUUGAGUGGACGGCCGGACGGAGGCGGGGCCGCAUGGCCCUGGACGUCUUUACCUUCAAUGAGGAGUGCUACUCAGCCGAGGUGGAGUCCUGGACCACCGGGGAGCAAUUCGCCGGCUGGAUUCUGCAGAGCAGAGGCCUGGAGGUGCCCCCCCGUGGCUGGUCCGUGUCACUGCACUCCGGGGAUUCCUGGCAGGAUUUGGCUGGCUGUGACUUCGUGUUGGACCUCAUUGGCCAGACUGAGGACCUGGGAGACCCCGUCAGUCCACGCAGCUACCCCAUUACCCCCCAUGGCUUACCUGAGGACAUCCCCCCCGCCCCUGGCAUCCAGGCCCCCUCACUGCCCCCAGAACCGCCUCCACCCCCAUCACUGCCCAGCAGGAGCCACACAGCCGAGUCUCAGGCCUCAGGGACCCUGGACGGCUUCCUGGACCACCUCUUCGAGCCGGUCCUCUCCCGGGGCCACAGCGAUCUGGAGCAAGGCUGGGCUCUGAGCAGCCGCAUGAAGGGGGGAGGCGCCAUUGGGCCCAUGCAACAAGGCAGCUACCCCAUGGUUUACCCAGGGGUGAUGCAGAUGCCCGGAUACCAGCCAGCCAUGAUGCCUGCAGCAAUGCCCAUGAUGCCAGCGGUGGGCGCAGUCCCUGCCAUGCCAGCCAUGGUGGUGCCGCAGCAGCCGCAGCCACAGCCUCAGCCACAGCCCCUGCUCCCCAGUGUGGACCCAAGGCAGCUGGCGGUCCAGCAGCAGAACUUCAUCAACCAGCAGGCGCUGAUCCUGGCCCAGCAGAUGACCGCCCAGGCCAUGACCCUGUCGCUGGAGCAGCAGACGCAUCAGCGCCAGCGCCAGGCUGAGCCCCGAACCCCUAGAGCUGCUGCCCCGGCCUCACCCCCAGCCGUCGCCCCCAAGCCCAAGAAGCCCCUGGUCCCACGGGAGGAGCCGGAGCAGGAGCUGGAAUCAGUGGGUGCCUGCCUGAGGGAGAUCUCACAGGAGCCCCAGGACAAGCCCCGGAGGCCCAAGAGCUUCCAGCAAAAACAGGAGUAUUUCCAGAAAUUGGGGCAGCAGCAGAUCAAGGUGAAGACAGUGAAGCCUCCAGCCAAGAUACAGGUCCCCCGGGAGGAGGAGGAGGAGGAGGAGCAGGACGAGGAGGAACCCAGAGCAGGUGGGGUGCCAUCCCCUCCCCCUCCCCCUAUGGUGAAGAAGCCACUGACACAAGGGGGAGCCAAAGCUGCACAAGAGGCUGAGGCUGAGCUGGCCCAGGAGGUGGGGCCCGGGGGUGAUGGGGAGCCAGCUCAGGACAGAGACCUGGUCCGCAGCUCGGACCCUCCGCCCCGGCGUCGGGCAGAGCCUAGCAAGGAGAUCCGCAACAUCAUCCGCAUGUACCAGAGCCGCCCGGGCCCUGUUCCUGUGCCAGUACAGCCAUCCAGGAAGCCCCCCAAGUCUUUCGUGAAGAGAAACAGCCCUAAAGAUGAGGCCCUGGCUAAGUUGGGGAUCAGUGGUGCCCAAACAUCCACAUCGGCGCUGCCCCCCAGCCCAAGGAAGGGCCCCCCGCCUCCUGUGGCCCCUCGACCCAAGGUCCCAACACAGCUCGGGCCCUCCAACUCCAUCAGGGAGAACCAGGGUCUGUUUGGCCAGACUCCGCCUGCUGUCCAUGCAUCCCCACCUCCUCCAGCGCCUCCACUGCCUGGAGAACCAGAGAUCCUUUCAGUGGAGCCCCCCGGCUUGCUGAAGCCCAUGGGGGACCAGGGGGUCUCCACCCAGCUGCUUGUGCCCUCUGGCAGCGUGUGUUUCUCCUAUGUCAGUGCACCCUGGAAGCUGUUCCUACGCAAAGAGGUGUUCUACCCCCGGGAGAACUUCAGCCACCCCUACUGCCUCCAGCUCCUCUGUGAGCAGAUCCUGAGGGACACCUUUGCCGAGUCCUGCAUCCGGCUCUCCCAGGAAGAGCGGCACAGAAUGAAAGAGCUACUGGGAGACCUGGAGGUGGGCCUAGAUUCGCUCAGUACCACCCAGGACAGUGUUAAGAAGCGCAUCGUGGUGGCCGCUCGGGACAACUGGGCCAAUUAUUUCUCCCGAAUCUUCCCUGUCUCGGGUGAGAGCAGCAGUGACGUUCAGCUGCUGGGUGUGUCCCACCGGGGACUGAGGCUGCUCAAGGUGACCCAAGGCCCCAGCUUCCACCUCAACCAGCUGAAGACUCUCUGCUCAUACAGCUUUGCUGAGGUGCUGGGCGUGGAGUGCCCGGGCGGCUCCACUCUGGAGCUGUCACUAAAGGGUGAGCAGCUGCUGUUGCACACGGCCCGGGCGAGUGCCAUCAAGGCCAUGAUUGAGCUGUUCCUGAGUGAGCUCAAGAAGGACUCUGGCUACGUCAUCGCCCUGCAAAGCUACCUCACUGAUGACCACAGCCUCCUCAGCUUCCACCGUGGGGACCUCAUCAAGCUGUUGCCAGUGGCCGCUCUGGAGCCGGGCUGGCAGUUCGGCUCCACCGGUGGCCGUUCGGGACUCUUCCCCGCCAACAUCGUUCAGCCAGCUGCUGCUCCAGACUUUUCCUUUUCGCUAGAGAGGAGUGGCAGGCACGCGAGUCAGCUGCAGCACAGAGAGCCAGGGCUGGCUCGGUGGGAGAGGGCGUCGGAGCGCCAUGGCCGUCCCCGGAGCCAGACACACAGUGAAAACUCCGAGGCCACCAGCUCCAACCACUCUGUGGCCUACCUCUCUCUGUCCACGGACUCCCACAAUUACACCAUGCAGGAAUUUGCCCUGCACCACUUCCGGAAGCCCCAGACAUUGCUGGACCAGACAAGUAGCGAUGCCAAGAAGGCCAUGGCCAACCUGGUGCAGUACACCAAGGUUCCCAUACAAGAAUCGCUCAUCAGCCUCAGUGAUGAGGACACAAACGGGCAGGCUGUGGAAAGUUUCCAGGCUCUGAUGCAGUUUAUGCGGGACCAGCCCAAGCCCCGGGGCAAGAAUGAGGGGGACCUCCUUUAUGAGCUGCUGAGGCUGUGUCGGGAGGAGAACCUCAGGGAUGAGAUUUACUGCCAAGUCAUCAAACAGGUCACAGGACACCCUCGGCCGGAACACUGUGCUCGUGGCUGGAGCUUCCUCAGCCUACUCACAGGCUUCUUCCCCCCGUCAACCACGCUGAUGCCUUAUGUGACCAAGUUUCUGCAGGAUUCAGGCCCACACCAAGAGCUGGCCCAGCGCAGCCAGGAGCACCUCCAGCACACGGUCAAAUAUGGGGGGCGCCAGCGGCUGCCCUCUCUGGGUGAAAUUCAGGCUUUCCUGAAAGGACAAGUAGUCCGCCCACUUCUAAUUCACUUGCCAGGGGGUCUGGAUUACAAAACCAAUAUCCGGACUUUCACGGUGACAGCAGAAGUGCUGGAGGAGCUGUGCCAGCAGAUGGGUAUCACUGACCCCCAGGAAGUGCAGGAAUUCGCCCUCUUCCUCAUCAAAAAGGAAGGCAAGCUGGUGCGGCCCCUGGGGCCCCAUGAGUACCUCAACAGCGUGGUGGAUCAGGACGUGAGCCUGCACAGCCGGCGGCUUGGCUGGGAGACCCAGCUGCACUUCGAGAACCCCACCUACAUCACUACUCACUACAGCCAGGUGCUGUGGGACUACCUACAGGGGAAGCUGUUGGUCAGCCCGCAGGAGGACACCCUGCUGGCCAGGCUGGCCGCCCUGCAGCACCGCAGCAAGGCCCAAGAGGACCACCUGUCCGAGCGAGACCUUUUGGCUUACCUGCCCAAGCCACUGCAACAGCAAGUGAACAUGUCAACCCUAAAGAACCUGACGGAGCAGGAGCUGAGGUGGAUACAAGCACGCAGCUCCCAAGAAGCACAGAUCAGCUUCAUUGAGGCUGUGAGCCAGCUGCCCCUCUUUGGCUACACCGUCUAUGUGGUGCUACGGGUCAGUCAAAUGGCCCUGCCUGGACCCUGCUUCCUGGGACUCAACCGCCAGCGCCUCAUCCUCAUGGAACCCAGCUCCCAGAAACUGUGCUGCUCCAUCGCCCUGAAGGAACUGCAGCGCGUCCAGCUGCUGAGCGCCCUGGAGAAUGAUGGGCCCCCUGGCCUGGAACUUAACUACGGCUCUGCCCACAAUCCCCAGACCAUCUGGUUUGAGCUGCUGAAGGCCCAGGAGCUGAAGCACACCCUCGCCUUCCUGCUAGAGAGCGGCGCUGCUUCCCACUAG